CGAGACAUGAUAUUCUACCUGUGUUUCUUGCGAUAGUUGACGACCUACUGCGACUCGUAACUUCGCACUUGUUGUUUUCCCACUCGCUUUGUAAGAGCGGGACACUCAUGUAAGUGAUGAAUGAUAUUGAUCAUCACAGCUUCAUGAAGUAUUUUUCUAUAUACUGCGUCUUCCCUCCUACCCUACUGCAUUUCCUAGCACCAGAGUUUCUUCUACUCUAGCACUACCACCUGUCCCGAAUCAAGAGUACUAUCCAUAGCAUCCUCACCACAUCACCAUCACCUUCAUAUUUUGGGCUCUCGCUAUGCGCUUAAUCGACGUCAACACCCUCGAACUCAAGGAGUUUUUCAGCGAGAAGGCCCCGCCGUACGCCAUCUUAUCGCACACAUGGAAAGGCGGCACAGAGGUGACGUUCCAGGAGUGGGAGCGUGCCGCCACUGAUAGCACUGUCAAGCGCAAAGAGGGCUAUAUUAAGAUCGUGGAGGCAUGUCGCCGCGCACAGGCCGACGGUCUACAAUACCUCUGGUGUGAUACCAAUUGCAUCGACAAGAGUAGCUCUGCUGAGCUUAGUGAGGCUAUUAAUAGCAUGUUUGCUUGGUACCGUGACUCGAGCGUGUGUUAUGCGUACCUACACGAUGCCCAGGCGGAGACUGAUACGUUUGCUGAAAGUCGUUGGUUUACAAGAGGUUGGACGUUACAGGAGUUACUUGCGCCAAGCAAGGUUCUGUUCUUCGAUCAUGGUUGGACAAUGCUGGGGGAUAAGAGUGGCUUGGCUGAAGUAAUCUCGAGUAUCACCAGGAUUCACAUUGAUGCCUUGAGGGAUCGUUCAACAAUGCACAGUUACUCUAUUGCUCAGCGCAUGUCUUGGGCAGCCGAUCGUCAGACAACGCGCCCAGAGGACAUUGCAUACUGUCUUCUUGGUAUUUUCGAUAUCAAUAUGCCUUUGCUAUAUGGCGAGGGGUCGAAGGCCUUUACUAGGCUACAACGAGAAAUUAUUAAGGUUUCUGACGACCAAAGUAUCCUCGUAUGGGAUUUACGAGACCCCGAUGCUUCUUCUCUGACAAGCGCCUUAGCCUCAUCACCCAAUGAGUUUCAGCUCUGUGACUCAGUAGCUGGAUGUGUUGAAAUUGGGCACUUACCGUACUCGAUCACAAAUCUGGGUAUAUCCAUGAACCUUCCCGUUAUUGAAACACUCGUAGGGGGCGUAGUUCUAGCAGGACUAAACUGUGCCAAAGAGCUCCACCGAAAAGCAGUCCAUUCCAAAAUGCCAGAUGGAAUCAAAAUUUCUAGGCAAUUCCAAAUUUGGAUUCCUUUAUAUCGCUCAAGGAAUAACAUUUACUUUAGGGUACACUGUCCAUACUCUAAGUUAUUCCUCAGUAAUUCAUAUUCCAUUCUACGGCCGAUAAUACCCACGAAUUUAUUCUUGAGUUUAGACGUGUCUCAAGCCCCAAUCAUACAACACCUAGAAAGAGUUCCUUCUGUCUUACAACCAGCGUCACUCUCACACUCUGGAUCAUUGGUAAUGGUUGCGGGAGGGGAAACGAUACCUCGAAGUUGUUCCCUGAAAAAGGCAUACCCAUUAGGAGACAUUUCCAUCGCGCAAUUAAAACCUAAGGGUACUUCUACCGUCUCGCAUCAACUCAUAUCUAGUGGUGACCUCUCUGUACUUUUCUCGGUAUUUUGGGAUAUGCAUCGUUUACCGCAGAAAUGGUUACAUUCAACGAUGUUUCAACCACGACUUCGACCCACUAAUCAGAUAACUUCACAAGACUUUGCCCGUCUUUUUGGGGAAGACGAAUACGAGAAAAGUAUUCAGAAUUGCAGUAGCAUCGCUGAGAUGCAAUCACUUCAUACGAGAUUGCAGCAGAUGUACAAAACCCCGCUAAGCACAUAUGUGGAGGAAAAAAAGGAUCCUUUUAUAAACGUAGAUGAUCAACAUCUGCGGGAUUCAUUCGGGGAUAUUGAGCUGAUAGUCGAAGUUAUAUUUCGGGACAUACCGAAGUCUAUGGGCAGUCGACCUCCCCAGCUUUAGAGUAUAAUGAUACAAUAGGUGCUAAUUGAUUCUUAUAAAUGCCUAUAUAACACUACUCAUAUUCCUUCAAGCCUCUAGGAGUUUCGUAAUAUUAAUAGGACGUCCACCUAGACGUACUACACUCUUCAUCCACCUAUUUUGGCCACGUUGGCAGUCCUCUAACGACUAUAGGUUAUUAAUCAGAAGGCUGAGAACAUGAGAG